AUGGCUGAACCAGCACACCAAGAGAUCAACACCAGCAAUGAGCCCAAACUCGUUGAGUCUGAGACUAAGCUCGCCACUGAGCCAGCAGCUUUAAAGGAGGAGUCAGCCAAGGAAACUCCAGCUGAGGGUUCUACCUUGACCGAACAGGCUACAGCUGCCGCAUCCACUGCCGCCGCGACUGUCACCUCUGCCGCUACUGGUAUCACUGAUAAUGUUUUCUCGAUGUUCGGUGGUGGAGCCAAGAAGGAGAAGAAAGAGGAUGAGGACCGAGGAGAUAACUCAGGAUCUGCCAAGGCACAAAAGGCCGCUGCUGCUGAGGAGAACCCAGAGGAUGAGGCCCCAGAAUCCGAGGAUGUCCACUUCGAGCCAGUUAUUCGUUUGACCGAGAAAGUCGAUGUUAAGACCAACGAGGAACUCGAGGAGCAAACUUUCAAGAUGCGCGCUAAGCUCUUCAAGUUCGUCAAGGAUACUCAAGAGUGGAAGGAGCGUGGUACUGGUGAUGUCCGAUUCUUGAAGCACAAGGAGAACGGAAAGACUAGAUUGGUCAUGAGACGAGACAAGACUUUGAAGGUCUGCGCCAACCACUAUGUCGUUCCUGACAUGAAGUUGUCUCCAAACGUUGGUAGUGAUAGAAGUUGGGUCUGGAAUGCCGCAGCAGAUGUUAGUGAGGGCGAGCCAGAGGCACAAACUUUGGCUAUUCGUUUUGCCAACUCCGAGAACGCAAACCUUUUCAAGGAGGCUUUCAUCAAGGCUCAACAAGAGAACGAAGUUUUCUUCAAGGCCUAA